GGUUCGGCAUUCUUGCAUUCAUCUAUGUUAAUAGUUUUACGUUUUGUUGUCUGAAGGCGCAGUUUUUAUUUGGAUUAUUCGAGACCAUGGAGGGAGAGAUUGAAGAAACUGAGGAAAAUGGGGUGAAACCCCCAAUCACUGCACAGUUAAAAACUUAUACGAGGCAAAACAACAAAUCAAGUGGAUUGGUCACAAAACUUGAAAUUUUACAAGAUUUUGAUGAAAUUACAGAAGAAGAUCUCACCAAUGCUGAGAGUAUUCUUAAUCAGGAAAACCCUGAAAAUUCAACUGAAAUUGAACCUUCCUCUGAAGAUUAUGAAACAGUUGCAGAGAUAGUUGAUGGCAGUGAGUUGCCUGUCAAACUGCCAGCAGAUAUCACUGUAGUCAAGGAAGUAACUGUGACACCAGCCAAGCGAGGUCGGGGACGCCCAAAGAAGAACUCAACCCCUGUCAUAACACCUCACCCUGUCGUAGUUGAACCACUUGAAGCCUUCUCUUGCAGUUUGUGUCCUCGAUCGUUUCAAACUGCUUUUGGGCUGAAAAAGCAUGAAAGCGCUUGCAAGCGUAUUCAUGGAGUAACUAAACAAGAAGUUGAAGAGGUGGCAGAAGUGAUGACUGAAGAGAGCCCACCAGUGGAAGGCAAGUAA